AUGACUGAAGUUGUCGAUAAGGUGCUGGAAGCGUUGAGGGGAAAUAACUUGGAUAAAAAAAUCGAUGCGUUGGCAAAAUUAGAAGAAGAGUUGAUAGAAGAAACGCCACUGGAGCCACAGGAAAUUAAUCAACUUAUACCACUCCUAAAAGAUGCGGUUAAAGGUUCACAGGUGGCUCUUUCCAAUGCCGCGCUCACAUGUCUAAAUCCAUUUGUAUCUUUAAUCGCAGAAACUCAUCCAUCUCAAUUUAAAAAUGUGGUUUUGGCAUUUGCGACUGUUGUCGUAGAUAAACAAGGAGAUUCAAAAGAUAAAACUAGAGAUACAGCACUUCAG